AUGUUCGCAUUAUCUCAAUCCGAUCCGCGAAUUUCCCAAGCUGGGCUUUUCUGUGGCAAAUCAAGGCCGCCUCCAAAUACCAGUUACAUACCACUGUUUACUAAAGAAAUGAAUCUUCUUUCUCAACUCGUGACAUCCCAGAAUUGGGGUAGUCAUGCAGAGAAUAAUGGUACUAUUUCGAUAUACAGUUUAGCCCAUUGCUAUAGAGAUUUAUCACACGAUGAUUGUCUACAGUGCUACGCCUCGAGUCGAACCAGCCUCCCCCGCUGCCUUCCCGCCGUGAGUGGCCGUAUAUUUCUCGAUGGGUGCUUUUUGCGGUAUGAUAACUACAGUUUUUUUGGAGAAACAGUAGAUCCAAUUUGGGAUAAACGGAAUUGUAGCAGUUCAAUUGAUGAUAAUAAAAAUCAGAUUCAGCUCACCCCAUCGGAAUUUAAUUUAACUGUUAAGGAUCUGAUUGACAAUGUUACAGCAAGUGCAGUAUUGAACGAUGGUUACGCGGUGGCGGGAUUGAAGGGUGUUUAUGGUUUGGCGGAUUGUUGGAGAACUUUGAGUAGAAGUAGUUGCAGAGAGUGCUUGACGGCGGCGCGUAGGGAGGUGACGGAGUGUUUGCCCAGCCGGGAAGGCAGAGCGAUGAAUACUGGUUGUUAUUUGAGAUAUUCUACUAAGAAAUUCUACUCUAAUCAUUCUGAUACAACAAAUAAUAGUUCUGAAAUAUUGAAGACGGGGGUAGUGUUGGCAAUUGUUUUGUCAGUAUCGGCCUUCUGUAUGCUCUCUGUAUUUUGUGGGUAUGCAGCCUAUGGAAGAUGGAAUAAACGAAAUCAAGCAAGAAAAAACCUUGGCCUAAUUUCAUAUUCUUACAACAAGUCGAAUUUGAAUUUCAAAUACGAAAUUCUCGAGAAAGCAACAAACUAUUUUGAUCCUUCAAGAAAGUUAGGACAGGGAGGAGCCGGAGCUGUGUAUCGAGGAACCCUGACAAAUGGAAAGACCGUCGCCGUGAAAAGGCUGUUUUUCAGCACUAGACAAUGGGUCGAUGAGUUCUUCAAUGAGGUUGACCUCAUCAGUGGAAUUCAACAUAAGAAUCUUGUGAAGCUUUUGGGUUGUAGUAUUGAAGGGCCUGAGAGCUUGCUCGUUUAUGAAUUUAUACCUAACAAGAGCCUUGAGCAAUACCUCUUUGAUAACAAGAAGGUUAAGAUUCUAAGUUGGAAGGAACGCUACAAUAUUAUAGUCGGAACAGCAGAAGGUAUCGCUUUUCUCCAUGGAGGUUCGGAAUAUAGAAUAGUUCAUCGGGAUAUUAAGACUAGCAAUGUUCUUCUUGAUGAGAAUCUCAAUCCCAAAAUUGCGGAUUUUGGACUAGCUCGAAGUUUUGCUGUUGAUAGAUCUCAUCUUAGCACGGGAAUUGCAGGCACAUUAGGGUAUAUGGCUCCCGAAUACCUAGUAAAAGGACAACUAACAGAGAAGGCUGAUGUUUAUAGUUUUGGCGUGUUGGUUUGGAAACUGUACAAGACAAAUAGAUUGACAGAACUUGUCGAUCCUUCUUUAGAAUGCGAUUUUCCAGAACACGAGGCAUCGAGAGUGCUAAAAAUCGGGCUUUUAUGCACACAGGCUUCAGUUUCUUUAAGACCAUCCAUGUCUGAGGUUGUCCAAAUGCUUACUGAUUUCGACUGUCAAAUUCCCGAACCGAAUCAACCACCAUUUUUGAACGCCAGCUUGCUUUCAGAAACCGAAACUCGAUCGUCCUACAGCGCAAACAGUUUGGCAUCAAAAGCACAAACAAAUUUUGAAGCAUUUUACACCUUCACAGAAUCCUCUACUCCGAGUUCAGAUGUACAUCCCAGGAAGUAA